AGAGCAGCUGAACAGGGAAGCUUUGAGAAACUUUAACAGCAACUCCAGUUCCACCAUGUUCAGGGACACAUUUCCUUUCACUGCUUCGACACUCAGGUCGUUGAGGUUACAGAGAGAGUUGCAGGGUCUGGAGGAUGAAAGGAGAGCUUUGUACAGAUUUCCCAGAAACAGGCUAACUACGGCUGUCAGUCAAACCGCAUUCAGGGAAUCGAGAACGGGACCGCAGAUCUCGAACGAUCCUGCUGUCCACGACGCUCUGUGCAAUGGAGAUUUGGACAAGAUCAGAAGCAUCUUCAAAAGCAAGGACUCGGUCAAUGUGAUUAUAGAGACGUCCAGUCAUGAACUAAGCUGGUCUGCAGAGCUAGGUCUUUGGUCACUGAUCUCUAAACAGAAGCAGACAUCUGCACUCCAUAUCACUGCAGCGCGAGGGCACACUGCUUGUGUGAAGCACCUGCUGGGAUAUGGUGCUGAUGUAAAUGCUGCCCCUGGAGGAGCAACUGCCUUGCAUACUGCCUGUGCCAGUGGACAUGCAGAAUGUGCCCAGCUUCUGCUUAGCAUUGGUGCUAAUCCCAAUGCAAUCUCUGAAGAAGGGUAUACUCCUUUGCACCUGUGCACUAGUCCCCAGACCUUCCUGUGUGCUAAACUCCUGCUGGAACAUGGUGCCAGAGUUAAUAUGCAGACCAAAGACAGAGAGAAUACUCCACUUCAUGUGGCUGCAAAACAUGGUUUAGACGAACAUGUGGACCUUUACCUGAGCUACUGUGCCUACAGUCACAAGAAGAACCGAGAAGGAGAAACUGCACUAAAUGCUGCCUGCUCAUAUGUGGAGAAACCUGAGGCUUUUGGCAGAUAUUACAGAGUCUGUGAAAUGCUGAUCAAUUGUGGAGCUGAUGUGAAAACUGCUGGGAAAAAAAAUCACACACCACUCCACAAUGCCUGUGGGAAUGGGCACCCUGGGAUUGUGGAUCUUUUGCUGCUACACAGUGCCUCUGUAAAUGCCAAGAACUGUGCUGGCUACACACCGAUGGACUGCAUUUUACAGGCUGUUGAAGAUCAUUUGGAACAUCAUCCAGAGCAAAUUGUCAUAGCUCUGUUGAACCAUGGCGCAGCUCCAGUUGACCCUAAGAUACUUAAACAAUGUGCAAUGUCUCCCUGGACAAUGGAAGCUCUGUUAAAUACCUAUGAGAGCGUUCCACUUUGUAACUCUUGGAUCGAGGCAGUUCCCCUGGAUGUGUGGCGGAUGGAGGGAUACCAAUCACCAACCAAUGAAUCACAGAGAGAAAUAAAAACAUCAAAUUUUCUACGAAUCCAUUAUACAAAUGACCGACAAACCUCGUUCUCUUCAACAUCUUGCACGUUGUACCUUAAGAAACUAUCUUGGAACAAGAUGCCAUUCAGUCAUACCACAGCUACAGCUUCCAAAUAGUUUUACGGAGUUUUUGCUCUUGAAAUUUGAAAGCUAUAUCAAGUGAAAAAGCUUAGAAUCCUUAGUUACUUUUUUAUAGUUCAUUGAUUGAGUACUCCAGGUUGAAUGCAGCGACUAAAAUGCGUUGCUGUGAUGUACUUUGGAUUAUGUUUCACAAUCUGUAAAAUUUAUUAUGCCUAUUUAUUGACUAUUUAACUAACAUGGGAAAACUAGCGUGUGUUCUGGUAAGAGCCCACAAUAUCUGCCCUCUUUCCCUUGGCAUAUCAUGUAAGAGUGGCAGUUGCUUCCUAAUUAUAGUUUUAAAAAUAUUUAGCCUGCCAAUGUUUCUCCUCUGCUGAAGGCACUGACUGUUACCCUUGCUAGGUUUCUGUAUCAUGUGUGCCAGUCAUCAUCGAGUACCUCACCUAAGUUUUUGAGUCAUUCAUGUGAUGUGGGCAAGGCCAGUAUUUAUUGCCCAUCUCUAAAUGCCUUUGAGAAGAUGUUGGUGAGGGCCUUCAACCACUGCAGAUCAUGUACUGUAGAUGCACCCACAAUGCUGUUAGUGAGGGAGUUCAAGGAUGUUUGAGCCAGUGGUAAUGAAGGAACAGCAAUGUAUUCUUAAGUCAAGGUAAUAUAUAACUUGGAGGGGAACUUUUAGAUGGUGGUGUUCCCGAGCACCUGGCUAGACUUUUUCAUAACAGUUUGAUACAACGGAAUGGCUUUCUAGGCCAGUUAAGAGUCACCUGCGUUGCUGUGGGUCUGAAGUCGUAUGUAAGCCAGACUGGGUGAGGAUGCUAGAUUUCCUUCUGUAAAGGACUUAGUGAACUGGAUGGGUUUUAAUGACAAUUUAAUAGUUCCAUGGCCACCAUUGCUGAUACUAUCUUUAUUAUUCCAGAUUUAUUUAAUUAGAUUUAAAUUCCCCAGCUGCCACGUUGAGAUUUGAACUCGUGUCUCCAGAUCAUUAGUCCAGUAACAAAACCACUAUGUUACCAUUUCCUUUAGUAUCCACAUGACAUUUAUUCAUGUGUGAACUUUGGCAGUGAGCUAAACCUAAUUCUGUCCUUCCCCAACUUUUAGACAUGCACAAAUGAAUUUUUUAUAGUGAUAGACAUCAGAACCCUGGCUUAUUAGUUUUCCUUCCUUUCUGCAACUCAUGAUGCUGAAGGCAUUGUAACAGAUUGUUGUCCUGCUGAGAUUGAAUAACCCGGCACAAGAUAGGAAUCAGACUUGACAUAUAGGUCUCUUCUAUUGGUCUCUUGCUACAAUGGUCUCAGAUGUGUCUAACACUCUCUAAUUGACUAGUUUGUGUUGAUGUGAGAGGUCUCACUGACCAUUUUGAAAAGUGGUGCAUCAUCUACAACCUAUAUUCCCAGGAGAAAUUCAUUCACCAAUAUCUAGAAUAUUCAGUUACGGAUGUGAAAGACAUUGACUAAACUGAUUUGAUUGUGAUGCAGUAGGCCAGAGAACAAAAAAAUCUCUAUUUGAUGACCAGUGCAAAUUACAUUGGAAAUUGUAUACAAUUUUCCUUGUUCAAAUAAUUUUAUUUGUAUUUGUUCAUAGAGAUUAUGACAAAUUUGGAAUUUUAGCUCUGUGAUUAGGAACUUCAUGGGUAUGGGUGAUGGUUUCACAAUCCAACCCCCUACCUUGCAUGCUCAAUUCACAUUUUGUUAGAAUGAAAACUUGCAGACAGGGGCAGCCCACACAACCGUACAUUAAUUAGGCAUACUAGGUCCUACACUGAAUUUCCAUGUGCUAAGAUGAGGAUCCACUCCCAACUUGCUGUUUGCCCAUAUAAAAUUGGCACAAGACAGGAAAUGGUCUGGCCUACUUUCCUACAUUUCUGGAGGCUAGUUUGCUGUUCUGAAGAAAGUUCCUGGACCUGAAAUGUUAUCUCUGUUUCUCUUUCCACAGAUGCUGCCAGACCUGCUAUGUAUUUCUGGCAUUUUCUGUUUUUAUUUAUAGCUAGUUAGCUUUUUUUUGAUUCCAUAUGGAAGACAUUUUUUUUGUCAGUGAUUUUGUUUUUUGUUUAAGAUUUCCUUAUGCCAAGACUCUUUUUUUAUAAAGGUUAUAGCAACUACUCAGCUAAGGGACAAUUGGAACCCUUUUGGGCUUUCCCAUAGCGUGGCAUGACUUCAGUGAGAAGUACCAACUCAUGAGGGCACAACGUCUUUGGGUGCAAAACAAAUUAGGGUGGGGGAUGUUUGCAUUUCUGGGAGAACAUGAGCCCUUUCAGAAAUGCUAGCUCGCCCUGUUUUCCAAUGUGCAGCCAUGCAGUCUGGUCCACUUGUUUAAUGUGUGCAGGGAGUCUAGUUUGACAAAGGGAAACACCUGCCUUGGGAAAUUUUAAUGAGAUUAGCUCUUCCCACAGUUGGAUAUAGAAACAUUUGGUUUGUUGCUCAAGAAACCUUGCAGCAAUGGUUCUGCGAAUGUUUUUCUAAUCUCCUGAUGCCUUCACGUAUUACAGUCUAACUUGUUCCCAGUUAAACAUUUUUUCAAUGGGGAAUUGCUAUCUGCGUAAAGUGCUUCACUAAAUGGCUUAUAACUGAAUAGCUAGGUUAGAAUAUUUUCAAUAAAAUAGAAUAAGCGUCCGAUGCUUCUGUGUGUUUUAUGGAAGUAUUUCCUUUAUGGAGAAGCACAAAGAUUAGAAAGCUAAUCUAAAUAACAAAUGCAAUUAGGGAUUCAUAUAAAGCAUAAAAUCAAAAACUGUCAUAAUUAAGGAUUCCAGGAAACUCUGCCAUCCAGCAAUGUAAUAUUGUAUUUUAGAACUGGAGCAUAAUAUGGAAUAAAAACAGAAAAUGCUGGAAAUACACAGGUCAGUCAUUAUCUGUAAAUAGAAAAGGCAGGUUAAUGUCUCCAUUUUAAGAUCCUUUUAGAGUUGUAAUGUAUGUAUGUAAAUCAUUUUAUCCACUUCAGUGGUUUGUCAUUGUAGUAAUUAUGAUUUUAUUUGGUGUGUAAUGUAUCUUUAAGAAUAAUACUUGAUAAGGAAGAUCACACGAUCUGUAGUAACCAACAGGAGAGUAGCACAGGCUACCUCAUGAGUCAGUGUA